AUGGCACUUCCCACAAUCAUUUUACAAGCUGCUCUAGGUCUCGUGUGGUGGGUGUUAGGUGCCACCGCGGCCAGUGCCUCUGGACUCGGUGACAUCUUCCAUCCCACGAGACUCAUCGUGCAAUUUUCUGAUGUUGGCUCAGCCAAGUUCCGAAGGCGUGAUGGGAGUCUGGAGGUUGACGGCUUCAUGCGCACACUUUCAAGCCAAGGGGCCAAUGUUGAAGCAACCUUUUCCUAUACAUCAACCCUUUUUCACGGUGCCUCCUUUGAUUUCCAUAAUGCAACACAAGCGGAUAUUGCAAAUAUUCAAAGCCUUCCCGAGGUCGAGAAAGUAUGGCCAGCAUCCUACAUUACCCUUGAUGUUGAAGCCGAGGGCAUAAUCGACUCAGCGCCGGAUGUCUGGUCUCCUCAUAAGGAGACAAACGUUUCGGUGGUGCAGGAUCUGGGACAUAAUGGGGCUGGCGUCAUUGUCGCCAUCGUGGAUAGCGGUAUCGACUACACCCACCCCGCCCUUGGAGGUGGAUACGGCCCUGGUUUCAAGGUUGAGAGCGGCUGGAACUUCGUUGACAACAACACUGAUAUUAAGGAUUGCUUCGGACACGGCACGCAUGUUGCAGGCAUAGUCGCGGCCAAUGACACGUUUAUAAAGGGAGUUGCCCCUGAUGCGCGGCUCAGAGGAUACAGAAUAUUCGGAUGUGUGGAUGGGUCAACCAACGACAUGGCUAUCGCAGCCCUCCUUCGGGCUCACGAGGACGGGGCCGAUGUGAUCAAUGCCUCCCUGGGCUCGGCUAAUGGUUUCCCAGACAACCCUGUCGCAGUUGUUCUUUCGAAGAUACAGGCUGAAGGCACAUUGGUAGUUGUUGCGGCGGGCAAUUCUGGUGUCAAUGGCCCUUACUUCUCCAACGACCUGGGAAACGUAUACGGGGGUCUCACUGUGGCCAGCAUUGAGCACGAAGAGCUGGCAGCGUACCAAAUCACAGCCCACUCGACGAGUGGUAAUUCCAGAACAAUGCUUUAUGUGAGCAGCGACUUGAGACCAUUCAACCUUGUGGGUGACUUCUCAGCCGCCUAUGUCGCAGGCAAUGAUACAUGGGCGUUUGACGCUUGUUUCCCAGUGAACAAGCCGCCAACACUCCCGGAUAACCAGGUUCUUGUACUUCCACGUUCCAAGUUGUGCGAUUCGGACUGGCAGAGCAUGGACAAUACCCUCAAUAACAAAGUUACAUGGGCAUUUUGGGUCAACUUUGAGGAUGCUGAGUACACCGUACCUGGACGAAUAAUCUAUGACGCGGCGAUCCAGCCAAAGGGCUCCGCAGUGAUCAGCUACGAAGAUGGCGCCUGGUUGGUUGAUGAACAUCAAAAUGGCUACAAUGUUUCAUUCACCUUCACCGAUUCAACCACACCGCUGGGUGCCUCACGUCCUAGCCUGGCAGGUGGAAGGAUGGACAGCUGGAGCUCAUGGGGGCCGACAAUUGAUAGCCGGAUGAAGCCGGAAGUUGCAGCACCAGGCGGUUCCAUAUACAGUACUUGGCUUAACGGCACAUGGGCUAUUCUUUCUGGUACAAGCAUGGCUUCACCUUACAUCGCGGGCUUCUCGGCUUUAGUACUCGAGGCUUUUGGAACCCGUUCGAAAAGAGCGGAUGCUGCCACUUAUGCUCGUAGUCGUAUCAUCACGAGUGCAAGGUCUAUCAAGAACCCAUUUGACACGGAUCCCCUCGCAUCUGUGGCUCAACAAGGCGCAGGGGUGGUAGAUGCUGUGAAAGCGAUUGAAUACGUCACCUCCGCCUACCCACCACAGCUGUAUUUGAACGACACCGAUCAUUUUGCGCCCAAUCAGGAAAUAGAGGUCACGAAUGCUGGAAAUGCGGCAGUCUCCUAUACUAUAAGCCACGUUGCAGAGCUUACCUACUUUGUCAGAAGUCUCGACACUGGCCGCAUUGCCCUUAUUCCUACCCAUUCCAACGAAACUCGCGAUAUGGCGCAGGUCGAAUUCUCUACCACACAGCUCAAUAUUGGUCCGGGUGAGACUCAAAAGUUCUCCGUCAUGUUCACUGAGCCGGUAGGGUCAGACCCAGCAACAUACCCUGUGUAUGGUGGCGGGGUUGUCAUAUCCGGAGACAAUGGCGAGACUCUUCGAGUCCCCUACAUAGGUAUAAAAGGCUCUAUCAACAGCUUCCCGCACUGGGGAGGCGACAGCCGGCCAUUCCUAAACGAAUCGGGAGAGACCAUGGUGGACGGCGCUACGUACACGUUCAAUGAUAGCACGACGGUCCCGUACGCGCCUUUUGAGAUCGUGUGGUCGACCAACGAAGUCAGCCUUGACUUCGUGGACCGAUAUUGGGAUCCGGCGAAUUGGACGUAUCCUACAAUAGCGGGAGAAAACAAUUUCUACGGCCACUUCCGAACUGAAGGAGAUAACUCGCAGUUCAUUGCCACCAACUUCCCCCUGAUUCAGUUUCCUCGCGGAGCAACUCAGUACUACGCCCGUCCGGGUGCAACCUUCACGAAUGGAAAGGAAAUUGUUAGUGGGCAGUACAGGUAUCUACGGAGGUCACUCAAAACCUUUGGCGACCCGCAUGAUAUUGAUGGGUGGCAGUGGGACUUGUCUCCGUGGUUCGAGGUGAUCCGGGGGUAA